AUGGGCUUAAUCGAAGUUAUUGCUAACGAUAGACUCGGCACAAAGGUCCGCGUUAAGUGCGAUUCGCACGAUACCGUUGGUGACCUCAAGAAGAUGAUUGCUGCACAAUCCGGCACCAAGCCCGAGAAAAUCAGACUGAAGAAAUGGUACUCGGAAUUCAAGGAUCACAUCACACUCUAUGACUAUGAAAUAAAUGAUGGUAUGUCGCUCGAGAUGUACUAG